AGUGCGCGUUUGAACCAACAUCGAUAGCAACGAAUUAAUUAUAAUGAGAAUAGUCUCUUGCUCGUUGACCGAGCGAACGAGGCCUCUUUCCUUUUCUCUGGCUUUUGCGUUCGAUUUCUGCUUUAUUCUUUUGUGUCCUGUAGUGAAAAUAACAAGGGAGAGAUUAGUGUGCCAAUAGUGUUCCCCCGGUAGCACCGAGAUACACCCUCCAGUUCCGCCGGCUGGCCAAGAGAAAGCUUUACUCACCGUAAGCACACGCACCCGCGUGAACUCAUGCUGGAUGAUAGUGUUUGAAGUCCUCUUUUGACAAUCCGUUUUAAACCAGCCAACAAGCAAAUGCUCAGGCCAUCGAAGGGAUUAAACAAUGACAGGCACAAUUUUUAAUUAUGAUGUGCGUACAUUCGAGUUACUAUCGUUAUAUGAGUUUCACUACGGCCCAAAGGCUAGCUUGUGUGGGUUCCUUUAACAGGUCAUAACCUGCGGUCCACAGUCCUAAUGGAAAAUUAUCCGGGCAAAUGAAACAUUCAAAUGUACUGAAAAUUUUUCAGCGAGGAUAAUGUUGGUUUACAUAAUAAUGGUGGUUGACAUCGACUUAGGCCCUAUUGCAAGAAGCAAAAAGGCCUAAAUAUUAGCUUUUGUUUGAGCAGUUGUUUAUCCUUAAUAUUAUGAAUCUAGUGAAGUUGUCAACGUUGGCCUUUGUGAGGGUACUAACCAUAGGUAUAGUUACUUGUAAUUACCUGUGAAGUGGACAGCUGAACUGGCAGUAUCAAUGACGGCAGAUUGCUAUAGGUUCUGUGUCUAAUUAAAGGACAACACGUACUGAUGCAUAAUUCGAAAAACAGAUACUGCGUUUCAUUUGCUAGAAAUGUAUUCUUAAUAUGGGUAUCUACUUCGAAAAUAAUGCAAUCCCCCUUACUGCAAUCAUCUGGUUUGCAAUCGACAACGAAGUGGUGCUUGCUUCUAAAUAGGUGACGAUAUGGGGAUUGAAGAAUGCUACUGAAUCAUUAUCCUUUCGACACUCACCAUCGUCAAAUAGUUUUGUAUGAACAGGGCGAGUCUAAUUUAAGCAGUUACUCGAAGCCUAUGUCGACCCGACAUGUCAACAAACAAAAGCAAUACAAACAACACCCACUCUGUUCCACCGGGUCACUCUCGACCAGACAAAGGCAGUCAAGGGGAAGCGGGGCUAAUCCUUUAUAGGUAUCCAGAUGAGCAACAGGCAUUAGUACCCUAUCAGGAAGCGAACCUCAACAUCACAAAUCAAGCAGCCACUUUUGACAUUUCAAAGCUUGCAGCUACCGAUGGAGCAUCAAAGUCCGGACAGUCAGUGCCCGCUUCCGACUGGACAUAUGUCUCCAACAACGUCACACAGGGAACAUCGGCGGAUGUGUACAAGGAACUUCGCAAAGCUUGCCCUAACGUCAUACGAGUGGCCCUAAUAGGUCUUGAGGAAUACACCAAAGGGAAAAAAUACUUGGACCCACAGCUUGAACCUCAGGAACAGUAUGUCCGCGAACAAGUGACGCUUUCGCUGAAAGAGGUCGGCGACCUCUUGCGGAAAGAACGGCUAAAGCUGGAGGAUAUUCGAGAGACGAUCGAAAAUCUAUUCGGGCUACUGGAACAUCUGUUCGUAAUCAAAGCGUUCAAAGCUGCCCUCAUGUGCCGCAAUAAACUGGUCAGGGGUAUCUACAAAGUGGAGGAUCUAGCGAAACGGCUCGAGGGGUUCGCUGACCCGAAUUCAAUGACGGAUUGGCAAGGCAUUCGCGAGUCGCUCUGCGCGCUCCCCAUCGACGUUGGCGCUGACGGUGACCUUAUGGCAUUCGUCCCGCCGAUCUCCUUAUUUCGUAGCAAGGGUUUACUUGGUGUCGGUGGCUUUGGCGCUGUAUAUCGAGCUCGUUUUGGUCGUUCUGUAACAGUUACCGUUAAGUUAGUCGCAAAGGAUCGAUUUGCAUCGCCGUUCGUCGCAUGUACGGGAAAGCUUGUAGGAAGUAUGAUAAAUCACGCACUCCUUGUGCGGCAGUUCGCCUGUUUCGAAACCGCGCAGGCUUACGUGACUGUCAUGGAAUUGAUUGACGGCGUCGAGGUCCGCGAUGUGACCAGAGCCGUUGGCGGACUGCCAGUUAACAUGAACAAACUUAUCAUAGGACAGCUAUGCCUGGGAUUGCGGUAUUUACAUCAUAUAGGUUUUAUACAUCGUGACGUUAAGCCCGCCAAUAUGAUGAUAACGUCAGGCGUCCGCGUGAAGCUGAUUGAUUUCGAUACGUCAAAAGUGAGCAUCGGCAUGUUCAUCAAAAAUCACCCCCUGAACAAUUUCUACAGAAGAACGGUGAAGGAAAUUUUUGAAAAGGAGGCCAUCGGAACUAUUCCCUUCAUGCCGCCAGAAAUCCUUCGAGGCAAACCGUUCGGGAGAACAAUUGAUUGGUGGGCAGUUGGUGUAACCGUAUACAACCUACACACAAAUACUUACCCGUUUCUGGGGAAAGGCUACGACGUGAAGAAGACACAGAAAAAAAUCAUCAAGGGAACCUAUACGUGGCCGAAGUCAAAAAGUGGCCCGCCGCCACAAGAAAUGGUGGAUCUCGUAAAAGACUUUCUAAAAAAACGCCCAGAAAAAAGGCUGUGUUCAAAGGACUAUGCCGAAAUAGAGAAUCACCCGUUUUUCGCCGAUUUUGAGUGGGCCAAAUGGGAUAGCGGAACGGCAAGCGAAGAGUGGGUUCAGCUCGACAAAAUAAUUACGGCCCAAAAACUUAAGCGUGCUAAAGAAAAUCAGUCGGCAAUUAAAAAUACGAAGAAAACGAAAGAGACGAAAAAGACCAAAAAGAGUAGAACACCCCUUCGGCUACGGGAUUUAACCCCGGCUCGUAAGCAAACUCCGCUUCACACGACAUUCUCACUAGCGUUCCGUAUGGCCGUUCGACGUCUGCGUGCCGAGGGAAAGCUUCCAGCAAACGCGCUUGACGAACCGGUUGACUUCGACGGAACAUAUCAGGCAUCCAACACCGAAGGACAUACAUAUCUGAUCCGACAGCUUCGCUACAAAGUUCAUCGUGAUUGCAAUCACAUGGGGGAACAAGAUGCCAUCGAUCAGAUCAUGACGGCUGACACAUCCGCCAACAAAUCCAACGAUCCUACAUCGAAAUCACUGAAUAUGGGCGCAAGUCGUGAUGCGCCAGUGUCGGAGACAUCGCCUGAGCCCGUUUUGGUUAUGCCUGUCGAUAAAACAGCGCAAAAAGCAUCGCCUGAACCUAAAAGCAUCCUAGAUGAAAAACUCAAAUUUUUGCCGGAACAUAAAGCCUUAAUGCAGGGGAUAAUUAGCGACGUGCCGGAACGCAAAACUCUGCUAGAGAUAAAAAAGGCAUCACCAGAGAGCAAAGUGGUGGGCGCAAAAAAGGCGUCACCGGAACGCAAAGUUGUGGAAGAAGGACCUCCAAGGGCACCGCUGGAACGCAAAACGAUUCGGGACGGAAAAUUCAGGGCUGUAUCUCAAAAGCGAUCUGUCCCUGGCUCCAGACUGAUGGCUGCACCUAAGGUAUCCGGCCCUGACUCAAGGCUGGUACCAGUGCCAAAAGUCACCGCAGAGCCUUCUAAAUCAAUGGCAGCGUAUCGGGCUAAAGAGAUAAGAAAGAGCAUUUCGCCUGAGCCUACGACUCCUUCCCACAUAAAGUUGAAGGCCCCACCUACUCCGAAGUCCAUGCCCGCAAAGGCCUUUCAGAGAAUCUCACCUGUACCUUUAGCUCAUCCAGUCGUAAAGUAUGUGGUUUCACCCGCAGGGAAGUCACCCCCCAAAGUCAAAUUUUCGCUCGAACCCAAAAUUGCCACGAUAUCGAAAAUCGCCCAGGUACCUUCAGAGGAGAUCCAGAAUUCACGAGUACAAGAGAAUGGUGAGGAGGAUCAGGAAGUGAAAGAAAAUAACGUCGCAGCAGAGGGCGACAAGCCGCCAGGAUGUGCAAUCGUCUGAUAUUGGAUCUAUAUAAUUCUCUAUUAUUCUGGACGUGUUCGUUGUUGUCGGAAAACGUGCGUGAACAUGGUGCAGAGACAGCAUUAUGUAUACUACUCCAUGUACGCGCGGCCACUUGUUAAAGAAGGCAACUGGUUGGCUGAUGUGUUCACCGAUCUGUACCUAACCCGCAUUUAGAAUGCACGACCAUUCUCCGGGCGAGGCCUACAAGAACCUACGUUAAUGAGUGGCGCACCCAACAAAGGAUCAAAGCCAUCUGGUCGAAGGGGGAAUUUUGAUACAUUUUAAUAAUAAAGAUAAUAGUUUAUACAA